CACACCUGGAGCCAGUGAGAACAUACCUGGGGCAGGUGAGCACACACUUGGAGCAGGUGAACACACACACGCACCUGGGGCAGGUGAGAACAUACCCAGGGCAGGUGAGCACAUACACACACCUGGGCCAGGUAAGCAUACACAGCUAGGCCAGGUGAGAACAUACCUGGAGCAGGUGAGCACACACAUGGGGCAGGUGAGCACCUCUAAGGGCUCUGCGAGGGGCAGGGUGGUCAAGAUGGCAGACAGUAGGACCACAGGCUGAAGGUUAAAUGCAUGUGAACUGUUUGUUGUCAGACUUUGGAAUGACCAGAGACAUCUACGAAACGGAUUACUACCGGAAAGGGGGCAAGGGCCUGCUCCCCGUACGGUGGAUGGCACCGGAGUCCCUGAAGGACGGGGUCUUUACCGCUUCUUCCGACAUGUGGUCCUUUGGCGUGGUCCUUUGGGAAAUCACCAGCUUGGCGGAGCAGCCUUACCAAGGCCUGUCUAACGAACAGGUGUUAAAAUUCGUCAUGGAUGGGGGAUAUCUGGAUCAACCUGAAAACUGCCCAGAGAGAGUCACCGACCUGAUGCGCAUGUGCUGGCAGUUCAACCCCAAGAUGCGGCCGACCUUCCUGGAGAUCGUCAACCUGCUCAAGGACGACCUGCACCCCAGCUUUCCAGAAGUUUCCUUCUUUCACAGCGAGGAGAACAAGGCUCCCGAGAGCGAGGAACUGGAGAUGGAGUUUGAGGACAUGGAGAGCGUACCGCUGGACCGGUCCUCACACUGUCAGAGGGAGGAGGCGGGAGGCCGGGAGGGAGGGUCCUCACUCGGCCUCAAACGGAACUAUGAGGAGCACAUCCCCUACACCCACAUGAACGGGGGCAAGAAGAACGGGCGGAUUCUGACCCUGCCUCGGUCCAGUCCCUCCUAACAGUGCCUCCCGGGGAGGGGAAGGGGUUCUCAGCAUCACUUUCCUCUGGUUUGAACGCCUCCGGAAAACUCAGGUUUCUCACGACUCUCCCACGAAGUCAAACGGAGCUCAGAGAUGAUUCCUACACACUUCUGUUCCUCUUGGGACUCCAGGACACCCUCGUCCGGUAGCCAGUUUGACUAAUGAGAGGAUUUAACUGUGAACCAGAGGGGGCAGGGUUUCCACGGCUGCUGCCUUUUGGGCAACGACAGUUUCAAACCAGGAUGUCUUCUGUCUCUUUUUUCUUUCCUUUUUCUAGUAGAUCUAGAGAUCUACUAGAGAUUUUUACAGAGA